UACCUCAUAACCCAGACCCACCCCUCCCUUCCUUCCUCGCGUCGUCGUCGUAGUGAUGGUCUAGUGCAAUCCCCCCCCCCCCCCAAUUCCCUCCCAAUUCUUCUCAAUUCCUUGGCUAUGGCGGCCGUUGUUGGCUUUAAUCCGUUGGUCGGAGCCGGUUUAGCUAGCCCCUGCGCCUCUGGGGCGUGUAGUGUCUCGGAGACGUCGUCUGUGGCGUUGCCGCAGCUGGGUUCCGGCAAACGUCAUGCGAGGGUCGGCGCUUUAGUGUCUGGAAGCGCGAGGAAAAACGUUGUAGUGUGCAGCAGCAGCAGCUCGGGUGGCGAUGUCUCGGUGUCGCAGGCUUCGGCUGAGGCGCGACCGUCGCAGGCAUCUGGCAACUGGGUGCCCGUGAUUCCGCUGGCUGCGUUGCCUAGGGGUGAGAGGCGUUUGGUGCGCCAGGACGGUGAGACUGUACUCUUGUUGUGGUAUAAGAACGAUGUGUAUGCCAUCGAGAACCAGAGUCCCGCGGAGGGAGCUUACAGCGAGGGGCUCAUCAAUGCGCGUCUUACUCCCGAUGGUUGCAUCGUCUGCCCGUCUACCGAAAGUACGUACGACUUGAAGUCCGGCAAAGUGAAGGAGUGGAUGCCCACCAACCCCGUUCUCAGAGUGCUGACACCUUCCCUGAGGGACCUCGUAACAUACCCCGUCAAAGUUGAAGACGAAUCGAUUUACAUCAACGUGCGAGGUGGAGGGUACGCCGAGAUUGUCUUCGGUGGUGCAGCUUCUGGAAACGCCGGCCGAACUGCCACAAACAUUGAUGUCGACGAGGUCAAGAUGGAGGUGGUCGAGACCGAGGAAGGCUUCGGCUGGACAAGGAAGAAUGAGAUCAUCAACGGGAGGGCGGCUAUGAUUGGAUUCUUCAUGCUCAUCAUACAAGAGCUCGUUACUGGCAAGGGAUUCCUGGCAGGUCUAGGGUUCCUAGAUUUCUUGUACAAAUAUGUAUUCAAUGGAUACAACCCUUCUCCUUGAAAAACGAGAUGUAGAUGUAAUUGCACCGAAGUUCGAGUAGCUGGCUGGAAAUCCAGUCAUUUUCCUAGGCAGUUCCUGCUUUAGUUGUGUAUUUUAUGUAUUUGAUGGAUUUUUCUGUUAUUUGGAAAGUGGUGUGCCGCUCAGUUUUAACUCGA